CUUGGUUUGUUGACAGGAACUGUAGUUAGCUAUGUGAAACAGAAAUAAUUAAAGAAAAGUAGGCUAGCUAGCUAGAUAACAAUUUGAGGGUCGAUAAAUCGAAAAACUGCGUCCACUUGAAUUAUGACUUUUAAGGCCGUUAGCAAGCAAAGAUGCAAUGGAGGUCAAUAGUAGUGGGUCUUCUUGUGUUAAGGGUGGCCCUGAGUUGUGUUCUCUGGCUCGCGUUUGGACUGGGACCUAGCUGGGGAUUUAACUUCCCAAUUAAAUUCAGUUUUAACUUGCACAAAAUCGAACUUCUCAAGAAUGGAGACAUGGCAACGUCUCGAACUAACGCCUGGUCCCAGAAUGUGUACGAUAAUCGAGACCACCAAGAAAAGACUUGCUCAAAAAUCAGUGAAAAUAUACCAAAGAAGUCAUACCUCAGCUUCUUUAAGACUAGCAGAGACGAAUACGAUAGGAAAUAUAGUUCCUUUUCCGAUGCUCUUAAAAUUAAGAUGAGGGGAAUGGCGAAAGACAUGUUCUAUUUUGGAUAUGACAACUACAUGAAAUACGCAUUUCCCGAGGACGAACUUAACCCUAUUGAUUGUGAAGGUAGAGGACCAGACGUUCUGAACCCAUCAAACAUCAACAUCAACGAUGUCCUUGGCAACUAUUCCUUGACGCUUAUUGACACUCUUGAUACUUUGUUGGUGCUUGGCAAUGUGUCUGAAUUCCAUCGGGCUGUCAGGCUGGUGAUUGACACUGUCUCCUUUGACAAGGAUUCUACCGUGCAAGUGUUUGAGGCCAACAUCAGAAUCCUAGGCAGCCUCAUCUCGGCCCACAUUCUCCUGACUGACCCUCGGCACCCCUUUGGAGACGUGGGCUUGGAAGGUUAUGAUGAUGAACUGCUGCGACUGGCCCACGACCUGGCCGUGCGACUACUGCCUGCCUUUGAGAACACAAGCACUGGCAUCCCCUACCCUAGGGUCAACCUAAAGAGUGGAGUGCCUCCUGACAGCAUCAACGAGACCUGCACAGCGGGGGCGGGCUCUCUGCUUGUCGAAUUCGGCAUCUUGAGCCGCCUAAUCGGCGACUCCACCUUCGAGUGGGUGGCCCGGCGAGCUGUUCGGGCCCUGUGGAGCCUGAGGAGCAAUGAAACAGGGCUGCUGGGGAACGUGGUGAACAUCCAGACGGGCCAGUGGGUGGGCAAACAGAGCGGACUGGGUGCAGGGAUGGACUCUUUCUAUGAGUACCUGCUCAAGUCUUACAUCCUGUUCGGGGAGAAGGAGGACUACCGGAUGUUCAUAGCAGCUUACAAGAGCAUUCAGAGCCACCUGAGGAGAGGGAGAGAGGCUUGUAAUGAAGGAGAAGGGGAUCCUCCCCUCUAUGUAAAUGUGAACAUGUUUAAUGGACAGAUCAUGAACACCUGGAUUGACUCUCUUCAGGCAUUCUUUCCUGGCCUACAGGUUUUGAUUGGAGAUGUGGAGAAUGCCAUUUGUCUGCAUGCCUUCUACUAUGCAAUCUGGAGGCGCUUUGGGGCACUUCCAGAAAGGUACAACUGGCAACUACAGGCCCCAGAUGUGCACUUCUACCCUUUAAGACCCGAGCUAGUGGAGUCCACAUACCUGCUCUAUCAGGCCACCAAGAAUCCCUUCUAUCUUCAUGUUGGCAUGCACAUCCUUCAGAGCAUUGAAAAGGAUACCAAAGUCAAGUGUGGCUAUGCCACACUCCAUCACGUGGUGGAUAAGUCCAAGGAGGACCGCAUGGAGAGUUUCUUCCUCAGUGAGACCUGCAAAUACCUUUACCUGCUCUUUGAUGAGGACAACCCCCUGCACAAGUCCGGGAGCAGGUACAUUUUCACCACUGAGGGCCACAUAGUGCCCAUAGACCUGCGCUUCAGGGAGAAAACCUGGGAGGAGCAGGCACCUUGGAAGGAGGCCAGCAAGGACCCUCCAGCCAACAUCAGCAAUUGUGAACGGAUCCCUGAGGAGCGACGCUUCGCGCUUCCUUUGAAGAGUGCAUAUAUGAGACAAAUUGACCACAUGGUGGGCCUUUCCUGAGCUCAGCACUGCCCCCAAAGGCCAAGAGGCUUCAACGCUAAACCCCCUGGAAGGGGUUCAGCAGUGUGGCUCUCCUAACUGAGAACAUUUUUAGACUUAUUUUUUGUUAUUGUUUGUACAAUAAGGUUUUUUUGGCCAUUGAACCUCAUAAGAAUUGUUUAACAAAGCAUGCUUUGUUGUGUUGUUUUGUUUUGUUUUGUUUUUUGUUUUGUUUUGUUUUAUUCUAUGGUUAUUCCAGUCAUCUCGUGUUGCUGCUGCAUUCAGGACAGGUUUGUAUUACAAGCCAAAAGUUCAGGGGAGGUGACGUGAGUCCUAAAGAAAUUUUUAUCACCAAAAUAACACAGCUAGUAUGUUUAGUAGUAAAUAAAUGCUUGUAAAGGUCUGAGUCUCUGGGUUUAAUCUACUGUUAAUCACUUUAGCAUUUUUGUAGAUUAUUCCUAUAAGUAACACUUCUCUGAGUGUAAUCCAGUGUUAUCAGGUGUGGAUGUGUUUUCAGCAAAAAGUUCUCUACUGUCCAACUCCCAUUCAGGGCUGACUGGCUGGUGCUUUAGGGUCAUGUUUCCAGUCCAGUCUUUUGUGAUCCCCAGGCAGUACACUUUUGCCAGGCAAUCAAAAACACUGAAGACUUGGUGUAGCUAUUGCAGGAGCUGCGAUGAAGCAAGAAUGUGCUUCUGGGUAUCCAAGGAUUUGGUUGGGUUGGGUUUUUCCCUUCUUUUUAAUUAAAGAGGGCAUCAUUCACACUAUGUAGUUCUAUGUUUUACACAUUUUUUUGUUUCAGUGCCAUUUUUUAUAGUUACAAAGGGCUCUGCAUAAUUGUUGAGUAGGCCUAUCUUCUGCUUCCAUGUAAGGAUCUAGAUUAACCCGAGCUUCCUGUUAAACUCUUCCUACUCUUUUGUACCAUAUGCCUUCCAGGAACACAGACUUCACAAAUUGUUUACAAAAUGUUCAUUCUCUUGGCAAUACUUGGUAAUUCUGUGUUUGCUCUGGUACUUUGCAGCUUGGUUUGAGCUACACAGCCACAGGCCAAACAAGCUUCUCAAAUGUUCCCUCGUCUAUGCAGGUGCCUGAGUGUAAUUAUGGUGGCAACUUUUUUAAUUAUCGAUUUUUAAUUUUUUAAUUUUUAUUUUUUGCUUAUCUUACUACUAUCUAGUAUAUGUUUUAUAUUGAAAUCAGGCAGAUUCUAAAAUUAAACAAGCUUCAAACGUUGCAGACAGAUCACUUUGCAUUAUUAUUAUUUUCUCCUUAAAUCCCAUAAAGCACUCGUUAAUGGUUGUGCAGUAGAUGCAUUCCUGGGGCCAGUCUGUGCCUUAUAUAACUAGGAAUCUGUAGAUAGACCUCAGGAUCAACUUGAUUAUUUUUUUUCUCAUGUCAUAUUCAUACUGUUUGUCAAAACAAUAGCCAUAUGAUUAUAUUUCUUAAAUAUUGAAGUGAAGUCUGUGUUUGAGACACGAAACAUGGCAGUUGUGUGUGACAACUUCCAAGUUCUUGUUGACAUAAUUUUCAUACUGAUGUAUGAUUGAUUUUUUACACAAAGCCAUUAAAAGGGAUUGUGAAGGUGUUAAGGGACUAUCGAUCAACAUUUUUGCAGAGAAUUCAGAUUCUAUAAUAUUAAAGAUUGUUUUUUGGGCCUAAUAUUUAUCUUUGAUUUUUAUUUUGGUCUGAUUUGAGUGGUUGAUUAUCUUGUUGACUUAUUUAUAGUGAUUCCAGGGCCAUUCUAAAAGUGCUGAGGAUUACCUGUCAUGUUUUAAGUGAUUUAAAAAUAUAUAUAGUCUAGAUUGCAUGUGCGAUCUUGAAAUUGCCAUAUAACCUAGAGUUUUAUUAAUUACAUUAACAAAAUUCAAUUACUUCAGUGACUACUACCCUGAAGCUGCAACAUCAAAUAUGGAAAAUUCAGUGCUGCCUACUUUUAGAGUUAGAAUUGGAAUAGUGUAAUGUGAUCAAAUGAUUAAUUUCUCAACUUCAUUUUAAAUGACAUGCAUGGUUAAAAAAAAAACAAAAAAAACUUGUUUUAACAAUUCCUCUGAAUUCCUUUUGACAUUCUUUAUCUUUGACUUUAAAGAGGAGACUCAGGGAUGAUCAUAGAAAAUAUUUCUGAUGUAGGCCUAAUUCUAACAUGUGUCUGAAGUAAUAAGUGAGUAGUGCAAACCAACUGUCUGUGCAUUCUUAAGACCAACUCUGUUGAAGAGAGCUCUUGUUGCACAAAUAUUUGAAGAUCAAAAUAAUAUGUGACAUUAUGUAUAAAGAUGUUAUGAACAAUAAACUGUCAGUUUCUUCAA